GAGAGUUUGUUAGAGAGAGGAAGAGGAGUCUUGAGAGAGAGAGAGAGAGCGCGCGCCACUGUUUAAGACCAUGUAUGCGUGAUCAGAAACCAUUUUCACACCCAUUUUCACACCGUUUAAGAUCAUUGAAUUCCUCAUCUUUACGUCAUUCGCACGCUGACUCUCUUUCUCUCUCUCUCUCUCUAACCCACCCACCAGACCUCCACACAUAUUCACCAUUCCCUUCCCCAGAUCUGAAUCAAUUCGCCUCCACAAUUUUACCCUUCUCUCUAUAACCCCCAUUUCACACGUUAAUCACACAUUUAUACAUUGUUUUUAUGUGCAAUUCAUUGUAUUUACUAACUAUUUCCACUGAUCUAUCACAAUAGUUUACACUUUACACUCCAAGUUUGCUAAUUUAUUCCAUAUUUUUACUGGGUUUUUCUUGAUUUGAUCUGGGUUCUUUGUUUGAGACCUUGGGUUUGUUAGAUCUGGGAAUGAGUUAGCUAUUUAUGUUGUAGUUUGAUAGAUUUUGUAUUGUAUAUGUUUCUCGUGACAAUGCCGUCGGGAAAUAUGGUUGCAUCCGAUAAAAUGCAGUUUCCGGCAGCCGCUGCUGGCGGUGGAGGCGGCGCUGCAGACCUCCUCCACCAUCGGCAGUGGUUCCCCGAUGAGCGAGACGUGUUUAUCUCGUGGCUGCGUGGCGAAUUUGCUGCGGCCAAUGCGAUAAUCGAUUCUUUGUGUAACCAUUUGAGUAUGAUUGGUGAGCCUGGAGAGUAUGAUGGGGUAAAUUUCAGUAUACAGCAGAGGAGAUGUAAUUGGAGUCCUGUUCUUCAGAUGCAGCAAUACUUUUCGAUUGCCGAGGUGUUAUACUCUUUGCAACAGGUGGCUUGGAGGCGGCAUUCGCGGUUUUUUGAUCCAGUGAAGGUGCCCGGGAAGGAGUAUAAGAGGUCUGGUUUUGGGUCUAGGCAAGGACAGAGGGUUGAAUACGUGAAGGAAAGCCAUAAUUCUAAUAAUGUAGAGUAUCAUAGGUAUGAUGCCAAUGUUUCUGGUAAUUUGGUGAGUUUGGAGAAAGGAGAUAGGGUAGUUGAAAAAGGGGAAGAAGCGAAAUUGGGCGGUGAAGUUGUUAAUUCGGAUGAUAAGGUUGUGGCUGUUGCUGAGGAUAAAAAAGAUGUUGUUCCAAAGCCUCAAGCAGAUAGUUGUGUCAAGAGUUCUGGCAAUUCACAUGGAACCACAUCUAGUAAUUCAGAAGUUGAGGUGGAGGGUCAUGAUGACGGAUGUGCCUCAGACUCUAAAGGACCUUGCAAUGUGCCUAUGGAAAAUGAUUCCCAUUCUAUUCAAACUCCACAUGAGAAGCAGAAUCUCACAAUUAUUCCAAAAACUUGUGUUGGCACGGAGAUAUUAGGUGGAAAGGCGGUUAAUGUGGUUGAUGGAAUGAAACUGUAUGAAGAAUUGUUAGAUGCCUCCGAAGUUUCGAAGCUUGUUUUGUUGGUCAAUGAUUUGAGAGCUGCAGGGAAAAGAGGGCAAUUUCAAGAAGCAGGACAAACAUUUGUGGUUUCGAAGAGACCCAUGAAGGGGCAUGGAAGAGAGAUGAUUCAAUUGGGCAUUCCGAUUGCAGAUGCACCUCCUGAAGAUGAAAAUGCUAUGGGGACCUCCAAAGUAUUUGAGAUGAAAUUUGCAGAUCGAAAAAUGGAAUCCAUCCCUGGCUUGCUGCAAGAUGUUAUUGAACGCUUAGUUGGCAUGCAAGUUAUGACUGUGAAGCCAGACUCUUGUAUUAUCGAUAUCUUUAACGAGGGUGAUCAUUCGCAGCCACACAUGUGGCCAGCAUGGUUUGGAAGGCCUGUGUGCCUUCUUUUCUUGACAGAAUGUGACAUGACUUUUGGGAAAGUAAUUGGAAUAGACCAUCCCGGGGAUUAUAGAGGCUCCCUUCAGCUUUCUCUUGCACCUGGAUCCCUGCUAGUAAUGCAAGGAAAAUCUGCAGACUUUGCCAAACACGCGAUUUCCUCCCUCCGCAAACAGCGAAUACUCAUUACCUUCGCAAAGUCACAUUCAAAGAAAACCAUAUCCGGUGAUGGGCCACGACUUCCUUCAGCUGCAGUAGCACCAUCUCACUGGGGCCCACCACCCAGUAGGUCACCGAAUCAACAUAUUCGCCAUCCCAUGCCGAAGCAUUACGGGCCUGUCCCAACAACUGGAGUAUUGCCCGUGCCACCCAUUCGCCCACAGUUAGCACCACCUCCAAAUGGAAUCCCGCCACUUUUCAUGCCUGCCCCAGUUGCUCUCCCACCAGCAUCGGCUGGAUGGUCGGUGCAGCCUACAAGACAUCCUCCACCUCGGCUGCUAGUACCAGGCACUGGAGUUUUCCUUCCCCCGCCUGGUUCAGGUAAUUCAUCAACUCAACAAUUACCAUCAACUAUGGCGGCUGAAACAAACUUUUCUGCGGAGACAACCAACCCUGUGGCUGAAAAAGACAAUGGUUCAGGGAAAACAAAUGGUAACGGUAAUGCUUCUCCGAAAGGUAAAGUAGAUGGGAAGAUGGCACAGGAAGACUGCAAUGGAAGUGUUGAUGGAACUGAUUAGAGAGAAGAGAGGAUGGUAUUCUUUGGAGCAAAGGGGGGUAAGGCUGGAAAACUACAGUGAGUUCAAAGCAAAUGUAAAAAUCGCGGAAAAAAGUUGGAGACUUGAUGAGCAUAUUACCAGUCGGCAAAGGGGUUGGGGAGUAACCAUCAGUGCUCUUUUACAAAUUCCCUAUGCUUUCUGUUCCCUUUUUGUUAUUUUAUAUAUUGUAUGAACACUCUUACAUCAGAUGAGGAACUCAUUUUCAAUUCUAGUAUUUUCACGGAAAAUUUACUUGCUCAUUGAGUUACUGGCUUAAGAUUUGUAGCUCUUCUUUUUUGUCUCAUGAAAAAUUUAGUCACUCGUUGAGUCAUUGGCUGAAAA